AUGUCAUUUUAUUGUUUUGAAACGAGACAGGACCGAACUCUUGCACCGUACCCACCUCCAGAGUGUAGCCAACAACUUGACCGGAUGUCACCGUCAGAAAUAGUGGACCAUAUAAUCGCAACGAAUAUUGACCCAUCAACACUAGUAAAAAUUGAAAAACAAAUUGCAGUACCUCUUCGUCAACUAAUUUCACCAAGAGAAAAUCGACGUAGACGAUGUAUUCCGAGACCUCAAAAUAAUUUUGUAUUAUACAGAAGAAAUUUUCAUGCAGUAAUUACCAAAGAACGAGGUCAUGCAGUAGCAAAGAAUUUUAAACUUAUUUCAAAUGAAGCGGCUAAAAAUUGGUCAGAAGAAAGUAAUGAAGUUAAACAACUUUAUGAAUUAAUAGCGGAUUGUGCAAAAAAAGUUCAUGACUGUACUUAUCCACAAUAUGUUUAUCAACCUAAACAUAAAUCUUCAAAGAAAGGAAAUAAUACAAUAUUUAGAGAAGUUACUAUGGACACUUGUAAACAACGAUCAGAAAAAUCUAAAUCUGAUCGUAAUUCAAAAACAGAAAAAACGCAAACAAAACCAACAAAGUCAUCAACAAAGUCAGCUGCGGCAUCCAUGACAUUAACCAUGACAACAUUAUUAGAUACAUCAGUAAAAACAGAACCAUCGAUUACAUCAUCUUUUAAAGCAUCACCUCAAUCUGAACGGGAGACAUCAAUAAAAGAAUAUCCACAGCAACAUUUAAUUAAAGAAUGGCGUUGGGCUCAUUAUGGUCAACCGGAAACACGUUCAGUUCAUAAUGAUCAAUAUAAA